AUGGGCGCGACCCCGUUGGACGAAGGCAGUGAAGAUGUUGUGGCGGUCUAUGGAGUUCUGUUCUUGGACUGGAAUACCACAGGCAAUCCAGAGAACCCUCCAUUCCAUACGAUUCGAACUUGGUUCUUUGGGUUGACGGGGAAUAUUUGGGGUAGAGGUCAGGUUCGGCAACGCGACGAACCGGAUGAAGCAUCUCCUGUUUCUAGGUCUGACAGCUGA